AUGUCUCUCCCCCCGGGCCCGGCGGACGGCGGCGGCGGCACCGGCGACGACUGGUUCCUCGACUGCGGCAUCCUAGACGACCUCCCGGCCGCGGCCUUCCCGUGGGACGCGUCCCCGUCUUCUUCCAACCCCAGUGUGGAAGUCGGCAGCUAUGUGAACACCAAUGAUGUCUUCAAGGAGCCCAAUGAUGUCUUCAAGGAGCCUGGCAGCAAUAAACGUUUAAGGUCAGGAUCCAAUGAUGUGCCAACAUCUAAAGCUUCUAGGGAAAAAAUGAGGAGGAACAAGCUGAAUGGCAGGUUUCUUGAAUUGGGGUCUACAUUAGAACCUGGGAAGCCAGUAAAAGCUGACAAAGCUGCUAUCCUAAGUGAUGCUACUCGCAUGGUUAUUCAGCUUCGUUCAGAAGCACAGCAGCUGAAGGAAACUAAUGGUAGUCUUGAAGAAAAGAUUAAAGAACUAAAGGCCGAGAAGGAUGAGCUUCGUGAUGAGAAGCAGAAACUGAAAUUAGAGAAGGAGAGUUUAGAGCACCAGAUGAAGCUUAUGACCUCAACACCAGCCUACAUGCCUCAUCCGACCCUGAUACCGGCGCCUUUCCCUCAGGCGCCCUUAGCACCAUUCCAUGCCCAGGGGCAAGCUGCAGGGCAGAAGCUGAUGAUGCCCUUUGUCAGCUAUCCGGGAUACCCAAUGUGGCAGUUCAUGCCACCAUCAGAAGUUGACACAUCGAAGGACAGCGAAGCGUGCCCUCCUGUCGCAUAA